AAAAAAAAAAAAAAAAAAGAAAAGAAAAAAGAAAAAAGUCGCGAAUCCCGACAUCCUUUCCGACACAGCAUCAUGGACGCUUCGAAGGGCUCGAAAAAACGAAAGGCCGUUACGCGCGAUGUGGAGGAGGAAGCAGGAGCAUUUUCUGGGGAUGAAUUGAGCAAGAAGGAUUUGAAUGGAGCGCUUUCGGACGACGCCAACGAUCUUUCGAGCGAUGAAGGCGAUUCGGAAGUGGAAUUGGUUGAUGACUUCAGCAGUGAUGAAGAGGAGGUUGAAGGGGAGGAGGAUAUCGACAGUGAUGAGAUUCCUUCCGAUGGCGAAAACUUGGUUAAGAAAAGGUCUGGCACAGCGGUCGACGAGCCGGCGAAGGACAACGACAACGACGAAUCUAGCGAGGAGGAACAAAUCAACUUCAGCAUCGAAAAAGAUGCCUAUGGAAAUGACCGCUAUCUCUACGAUGAGAUCAACCCGGACGAUAACUCGGAGCUCUCUGAAGCUGACGAAGAUGCAAACACCAUCGGCAACAUUCCUUUGUCCUUCUACGACGAGUAUCCCCAUAUUGGUUAUGACAUUAACGGGAAGAAGAUUAUGCGUCCCGCAAAGGGCGAAGCUCUAGAUGCAUUGCUGGACAGUAUCGAGAUCCCCAAGGGCUUCACUGGUCUUACGGAUCCUUCGACUGGCAAGCCGCUGGAGCUGAGCCAAGAUGAGCUGGAGCUGCUACGCAAGGUUCAAAUGAACGAAAUCCCCGACGAAGGUUACAACCCAUACGAACCGACGAUCGAAUGGUUCUCCAGCAAGCAAGAAGUUAUGCCUUUGAGUGCUGCCCCCGAACCAAAGCGCCGGUUCGUUCCAUCGAAGCACGAAGCCAAGCGGGUGAUGAAGAUUGUCAAGGCGAUCAGAGAGGGCCGCAUUCUCCCUUACAAGGCCCCGGAGGAGCGGGAGGAGGAGGAUCCAAAUGUGAUCAAGUAUGACCUGUGGGCAGAUGAGGCAGAGGAUGCGGAUCCCCAUAUGCAUAUCCCUGCUCCUAAACUUCCUCCGCCUGGUUACGAGGAGAGUUACCACCCACCGCCUGAGUAUCUGCCUGAUAAUAAGGAGCGGAAGACUUGGGAGCAAACAGACCCAGAGGAUCGGGAGAGCGAGUUCUUGCCCAAUGACUUUGGCUCCCUCCGGAGAGUUCCUGGUUAUGAGAGCUUCGUUAAAGAGAAGUUCGAGCGCUGCCUGGAUCUUUACCUGGCUCCUAGAGUCCGGAGAAGCAAACUGAACAUCGAUCCCGAGAGCCUCCUCCCCAAGCUUCCCAGUCCCGAGGAGCUGAAGCCGUUCCCAACUGCCUGCGCCACUAUUUUCAGAGGCCACAAGGGCCGCGUGCGUACCUUGGCCAUCGAUCCAUCUGGCCUCUGGCUUGCCACUGGUGGUGAUGAUGGAACUGUUCGUGUUUGGGAACUUCUCACUGGUCGUCAGCUCUGGAGUGCAACUUUGAGUGAAGAGGAUCCGGUCAAUGUGGUUAAGUGGAGGCCUGGCAAGGAUGCUGUUGUCCUUGCUGCGGCCGCGGGUGACGAUGUUUUCCUUGCGGUUCCCCCUAUUGUUGACCCCGAAGUUGAACAAACCAGUCUUGAGAUUCUUGAUGCUGGGUGGGGAUACGCAGCUUCAAGACCAGCCCCGACUGGUGCGGACGCGAACAAGAAGAACACCCCUCCUCAGUGGAUUCGCCCAUCGAGCUCGCUUGCGGACUCUGGCGUAUAUGCUGUUAUCCCUCUUCGCUACGUUGUCAAGUCGCUCUCAUGGCACCGUCGCGGCGACUACUUUGUUACAGUGUGCCCGGGUUCGUCUACGCCGGCCUCUGUGGCCAUCGCUAUCCAUACUCUUUCCAAGCAUCUGACCCAAUUCCCCUUCCACCGCCGUCUCAAGGGUGGUGGACCCCCGCAAACUGCUCACUUCCACCCAUCGAAACCGGUCUUGUUCGUCGCCAACCAACGGUCCGUGCGUGCCUACGAUCUCUCUCGCCAGCUCCUCAUCAAGAUCAUCCAGCCCGGUGCCCGCUGGAUCUCUUCCUUCGACAUUCAUCCGACCUCCUCUACCGCUGCUGGCGGAGACAACCUUAUUGUGGGAUCCUACGACCGUCGUCUCCUGUGGCACGAUCUCGAACUCUCUCCGCGCCCCUACAAGACAUUGCGGUACCACCGCAAGGCUAUCCGGUCCGUCAAGUUCCAUCCUGGUGGCCGCUACCCUCUCUUUGCGGACGCAAGUGACGACGGCUCUUUGCAAAUCUUCCACGGCAGCGUUACGGGCGAUAUGCUCAGCAAUGCCAGUAUUGUGCCGCUCAAGGUCCUCAAGGGCCACAAGAUUACCGGUGAGCUUGGUGUGUUGGAGGUGGACUGGCAUCCGAGAGAAGCGUGGUGUGUCAGUGCUGGUGCAGAUGGAACUUGUCGUUUGUGGAUGUAAUUGUGAAAUCAACAAGCAAUCUGCGCAUUUACAUAAGGGCGUUUAUUUCUUUAUAUCUUUGUUUGGGUUGUAUAGUUGUUCAAGAUAUAUCCAUAGUAAAAGUUAUCCCAUUCAUAAAAGUUAUGCUCACCGAC